UUUUUUGAUGGGUCGCUAUCAACACUGUUACCACCCACCUGGUACACAAAUUGCUAGCCCGUCUUUGGAUGGUUAUUUUAGCAAUGCAGUUCACCACAUGCCUUAUCCUGUUCUCCAUGGUAUACAAAGCCCAAAACAAUCAGUUCCUGUUUGUGGACGUUGGGGAAAAAGCAACAAUUGUGUGCAAUUUUUCAAAAAACAUUACUAAAAAUGUAGCUAACAUAUAUUGGUAUAAAAGAGAAGAGACUCAACUAAGGCUUUUAAGUAAUAAUUGUGGGUCUGCUGACAGCAAAGGAAAAUUUAACUGCAAGACUGAAGCACAGGAGCUGACACUAGAAAUUUUCGACACAAAAGUAGAGGACACUGGCUUAUAUCUAUGUGUGGACAAAUCCCAAAAUUACUUUUCCUUAAACUUUGCUGAUGCAUUCUCUUUGAUUGUGGGAGACAGUUAUACCUCAAGCAGCUGGAUGAUGAUUUUACAACCUUCUGCACAAGACCAGGCAAUACAGAGUGGCACCCGGCUGGCUUGUGUGGUUCACGGAGUUUCCAACUGGAUCCAGAUAUCCUGGGAUGCCUCUCAUGUUCUCCAAGAUGGACAGACUCUUUUAAUGAAAAACCACAGUGGUUCCUUAACAUUUGUCAGCAUCCUUUACAUCCCUGAAAACUCUUCCAUCGGUGGGAAGGAAUUUAUCUGCAAAGCCAAAUUCAAUUCAUCUGGCAUGUCCAUGAAUCUGAGCACCACACUGUAUGCAGAAACAAGGACUUUCCACACAAAUGACUUUCGACAUUACACAAUACCUUUGUCUGUCCUAGGAAUACUGGCAUUUCUGCUACUAAUUGUGAUCUGGCUUUGGAUUCGAUGCUGCCCUUCUAGGCUUGGUUUCCAGCCCAAGGACUCAGUGCCACCAGCUUUAGAGACAUCACAGGAGGAAAUUUGCUACUCUCAUCUGGUGUUUCAUUCAAAUAACGAGGAGUGGGAGAAGACAAGACAAACAACUUAAUAAACAGAUGUGAAGAUCUGAGCAACUAAGGAAAACUGAUAUGCAGAAACCAGGAUGAAAAUUAUAACUCACCUUUAGAAGAUGGGAUUAGAAACUCAGAUCUGGGGUUUUGACAGAA